AUGACUAUUGUGUAUUUUGACAUGUGGAAUGAAGGGUUGUUGAUCAAGUUGAGUGCAUUGUGCUUUGGGGGACGUCUGUGUAACUGGAUCAUGGACUUCCUGUUCGAUCGAGUCAUGCGGGUGGGUUCAGAAUUGUCAAUGAGGUUUGAAGUGGACAAUGGUCCUCUUCAGGGAAAACAGGCAACCCAGGGCCAGACCAUGCUGUUGGUGGUGAAAGCAGGACAGGUGAAGUUUGAUGGACAGAAGCAGCGUUACUUCAAUCAGAACUUCCUCCUCACAGCCCAGGCCUCCCCCACCAGUGACCAGCCUGUCUGGAAGAUCGCCAGUGACUGUUUCUGCUUCCAGGACUGGAGUAGCUGA